ACAACCUAUCCCCAACCAUCCGAACCCUCUGGUCUACAUAUCUUUCUGCUCUAGUAUACAGGAUAUUCAUUCGAACGGGCGACUUAUCCGGUACCCAAUGCUUACGACACCGUCACUCUUUUGAGAAUCAUACCAAGGUUAGCCUGCCUUCCUGGCUGCCGCCCGCACCUUCAACAUGGCCGAUCCCACUCUUUCCGACUCGACAGUCACUCUGGACCCUGUCUUUGAGUUUUACUCGAAACUGUACAGCAGAAGGGUUGACGUUGUUGGCGAUUAUGCCGGCCAUGAGCUAUUCCUGAUUGAAGGCGACGGCCUUCUCCUUCAUUGCCUCGCGGAUGAGCAUCUCGAUUUCUAUUCUGGAUUCCAGCUUUUGCAUGCUACAUAUGCCGUAGAGAGCUUUCUUCAAGGCCUCGUAAACCGACGUUGUAAUUUCCACAUUGCAUUUUUCGACCAACAUCGGAACUCUUGUGUGCCAGCAUGGGCAAAGGGCAUCAACAAGGACAAGUUCCUGCUUGCUCGCUCUGUCAUCAUCCGCCACUUGCAGGUCAACCUCCAACGAGUCCACCCAGGUAUUGAGGUCCAUGUUUUCCCUUCGGUUCGUUCCACUGCCUUUGCAAGGUAUCUGGACGCGACGGACCUGUAUUUCGUGAUGUGCCACGAUGGAGCGUCCAGCCAACUUGACGAACUUUCCAAACAGACUACGGCCUUCAAUGCUCUUGGAGAUGUAGAAGAGCCAGGGAAGCAGAGUAAAACAAAGGCCAAGGCCAUGUUCCGUUUACUCAUCCAUUGGGUUCUCAUCCAUGAGUAUAAUGUCGCCUUGAUUAACGACCUGGAAUGGAGGGACACCAAGGUCAUCACAGCCGUUUUAGAAAGCACUCGUCACACAAAGCAUGACGAACUGACACGUUUGUUAUCCGACUUGGACCUAUCGGCGACCCCCGAGCCACCUUUCCAUGAGGGCCUCAGGGAGGCCCUCGACAAGGUCAAGACGAACGAAAAGAAUAGCGCGCUUACGGAACGCGAAUACUUAUCACUUGUGGUCUUGAGUAAACUUCUGCGUGAAGAAGAUACGUCAGGUUAUCAUGCGUCCGCCUUUCUGAGGCACCUCACCCUCUUAACUGAGCUUCCUCUUCCGAAUCGAUCUGUUGUGAGCGAGCCGCUUCUAGGGGCCGACCAAGAAUUCUUGCAUAAGUUCAUUCAAGAAGCACGCCGAGUGCUCGAUUCAGGUGCCUGGGGCCCCAGAUUCUCUGAUUUCAAGGUGAAUCACUGCGAUAUUGCCGACCUCGUGGAUGGUCACCUGUUCUCAGCAUGUCUUCACGACCAACACUGCGGUGCUGGCCCACGAUACGAGCUCUUGCGUGGUGCUUUGAACGCCUUAGGCGCAUCAAUCAAGGAACAGGCAUCCAAUGAGCACCUGGGUGGAUCGAAACACAAGCCAGCGCCGCACGCGCAACCCACAGAAAGCAGGCCCUACGCGGUGCUUCCCUUCGAAAACGAUGUUAUUGCGAAACAUCUCGCACCCAUCCACCUCGCGGUGGACAGAUUCGGAGAUGAGCCUGAUGCAAGGGCCGAUAAGAUAUUUCGUGAGGUCUCCCAUUGGCACAACAGCAAACGCCCUAUCGAUCCGAAGUUGAGAGACGAACAGCUGGCCCGCACCCAGAAACAGCAAUUUUUUGCCCGUCGUCGUAACCAAUGGUUCAUGGCCGAGAUGAUGGCCUAUGCCGCCAGUCUUACGAAUGCAGUUGGUAGGGCACUGGAGCCAGAAAUUGUGACGGUCGGGCCCAAAGCAAGGACUCCUGCACAGCUUCCACCUGCCAAGAAGGACGAUACUGUCAAGCCUAAGCCAGAGACGAAGGGUGCAAAGGGACAGGCGAAAGGAGGUAAAAAGGCAGCUGUAGGAAAGAAGGAAGCUAUGUUGGCAGAAAUCGCUGCUUCGAAGUCGCGUAAAGAAGAAGCAACCAGCGAGAGAUUGGUGCAAGGUUGGCGGGCAACAUGCACUGCCCUGGAGAAGGAGAAGGAAUCUGUUGCAAAAUUUGCCAAAGCCAACCAGUUUUUAAAGACACUCAAUACGCCUUUGAAGCGCGAGACGUUGGAGGCCGAAGUGCGCUUGUUCAUGCUCAACACACUAUUGGCCAUUUGGAUCGAUUGUUGUCGUGAAAAGACGAAAGACAAGAAUCUCAACAUUGCAGCCCUCAUUUUCGACAGCGUCCACUCCUUCUCGCGACUACGGUUGACUGUCACCAAAACGAUUGCCAACUGUUUGAAGACUGCUGUUGAGCUUCUGGGCUUGCCGCCCCUAGACAUUCCAGCGCCUGAAGGCGACAGACCGCUAGCCUUCAGAUUCGUACUCCAAAACCUUGCAUCAUUGGAUCUACGUGUUCGUUUACCGUCAAAGGACUUUCAACUGGCUUAUUGUGGGCCUUACUUUGACCGAACUAUCGACUCGGCUCCGGACCCACGUGUACCAUUUGAGCCUGAUGCAUGGCAACGCAAGGUCCUCGAUGAGAUUGACGCCAGGCGGAGCUUACUCGUAAUUGCCCCUACUUCGGCGGGUAAAACCUUCAUCUCAUUCUACGCCAUGGAGCAGGUGCUCAGAACGAAUAAUGAAGACGUCUUAGUCUAUGUUGCACCAACGAAGGCACUCGUCAAUCAAAUUGCUGCGGAAAUCCAGGCUCGUUAUUCUAAGACCUAUCAAUAUGCAGGAAAUUCUGUCUGGGCCAUUCACACCCGCGAUUACAGGAUCAACAAUCCGAUAGGAUGCCAGAUUCUCGUGACAGUGCCUCAUAUUCUGCAGAUUAUGCUACUCGCGCCGAGCAAUGCGAAAUCAUGGUCGGAGCGUGUUAAGUGGAUCAUCUUCGAUGAAGUCCACUGCAUAAGUCAAGCAGAGGAUGGUCUCAUCUGGGAGCAGCUCUUGUUGCUUGCGCCUUGUCCCAUAAUCGCGCUUUCGGCAACCAUCGGAAAUCCGCAGGAGUUCAGCGACUGGCUUGCCUCCACCCAAAAGGCCAUUGGUAAUGACUUGAAAAUGAUUACCCAUCCCCACAGGUAUUCAGAUCUCCGGAAGUUCCUUUACACUCCGCCUCGAUCUUUCCACUUCAAAGGGAUGUCCGAGAAGCGUGCCUUCGCUCAGCUCGGUCUAGAUGGUUGUAAUGAUUUCACAUUUGUUCACCCGGUAGCGAGCUUGAUCCACCGAGCAAGAGGAAUGCCCGAUGACUUCAGCCUCGAAGCACACGAUUGCUUCACGUUGUGGCAAAGCAUGACAAAGCAUCAGACUCGGGAAUACCCAGUCGACAAGGCGUUAGACCCUGCAAAUGCACUUCCGGAGCUGAUCAGGAAGAUCGAUGUCAUCAACUGGGAGAACAAGCUUAAGGCGCUUCUCCGCAGAUGGCUGGCGGAUAGUCAGUCACCGUUCGAGGCGGUAUUUAACGAUCUGAACCGCGAAUUGGUUGAACGUGAGGCGGGCAAAGGAAAGAAACCAGAUGAAGACGGAGUUGAAGACGUCGAUGUUGACGAGCAUAACCCGGAGGAUAUUCUGCCUUUGCUCAGCACACUCCACGAGCAAGAUGCACUACCCGGGAUCGUCUUCAACUACGAGAGAGGAAUGUGUGAGCGGAUGUGUCGAGUGCUCUUGGGCCAGCUGGUUUCAGCUGAAACAAGAUGGAAGGAGACGAGCCCGAAGUGGAAGUCCAUGCUGCAAUCCUGGGAUGCCUGGAAGAAAGCCAUGACGAAAGCAGAGAAGCGUCGACCCCAGAAGAUAUCAAAGAAGGGCAAGGAUGAGGAAGUCAUAAGCAAAGCCGACCUCUUACAGGACAACGCCGAUAGUGAAGCCAGCCCAUGGGCAUCCUUCAACCCUGAUGAUCCUGUUGAAGGAUUCCAUUUCGCCGACCGGAAGAAGCUGACCCAAGAUGACAUUUACAAAUAUAUGAAGGAGCUCAUUCGGAGACAAGUGCCGGAAUACCUGCUGGACAGUUUGAAACGCGGUAUUGGCGUUCAUCAUGCUGGUAUGAACCGCAAGUACCGCCAGGUGGUCGAGAUUCUGUUCCGGAAAGGGUAUCUGCGAGUUGUCAUCGCCACGGGAACACUUGCUCUUGGUAUCAACAUGCCUUGUAAGACCGUCGUCUUCUCAGGUGACUCGGUCUUCCUGACUGCUCUCAACUAUCGCCAAGCUGCCGGUCGUGCUGGCCGUCGUGGUUUCGACAUGCUUGGAAAUGUCGUCUUCCACGGCAUAUCGACGAGCAAGGUUCGGAGGCUACUUAGUUCGCGGCUUCCUGACCUAAAUGGGCAUUUCCCCAUCACCACUACGCUUGUUCUACGGUUAUUCACGCUUCUUCAUGAGUCGAAAAAUUCUCCGUUCGCUAUUCGGUCCAUCAACGCACUGCUAUCACAGCCACGACUCUACUUAGGCGGGGAAGAAUCUAAGAUGACAGUAUUACAUCACCUACGAUUCUCCAUCGAAUACCUCCGCCGCCAAUAUCUUUUGGAUGCACGUGGCGCACCGCUUAACCUCGCCGGACUGGUCAGUCAUUUAUACUUCGCAGAGAACUCCGCAUUCGCAUUCCACGCCCUAUUAAAAGACGGCUUUUUCCAUGAGCUCUGCGCGGAUAUAGAGAAGAACCCGACAAAGGUUCUGCAGGAACUUAUGCUUACACUCUCUCACCUCUUCGGCCGUAUAUACUGCAGGCGUUCUGAUCAAGAGUUCGUCAAAGAGGUCGUCAAGAAAAGCCCCUCGAUCGUCUUCUUGCCGCCACUUCCCAGCCGCGCAGCUGAGGUCCUGCGCUCACACAACAAAAAUACUCUUGAGGUCUUCAGAGCCUACGUCCAGACCUUCAUAGAACAGCACGUCCACGACCCGGAUGACUCCCUCCCCCUCACCGGAAUUAAGGUCGGCGGCGACUCCUUCCCGCAGUCUGCACAGACACUUCAGUUCCGCCCUCCAACAACCGUCCGCUCCCCCUUCGUCGCCCUCUCCGGUGCUACAGAUUCCUUUGAAUCCAUCCAUGACCUCUGCCACACGGCCCGCUCGGGCGUCUUCCUCGAAGAAGCCGUCGUCCCCUACGUCACCAUCUACCCGGAAGAAAGCUCCCUCCCUCUCAACGCCUACCUGUACGACUUCUUCAACCAUGGCGAUGUCCACGCCCUCGCCACCGCGAACCGCAUCCGCUCUGGAGAUGUGUGGUUCGUGCUCAACGAUUUCAGUCUCGUGCUCGCCACCAUCAUCACGAGUCUAUCCAACUUCAUGAACCUAACAAGUGCCUCUGAUCUCAGCUUCGCGGAGGUGCGGGGCGAGGGGGACGAGGAGGAAGAGCGCGCAGAAGAUAGACUUCUCCCCGAGGAUUCAGGCUACGAGACGGCGAGUACGGCGUCCAUGGCUACCGGCAGAGCCGAUGCCAAUGGUAGCAGGGCGAAGGUACCGCCGCAGGUGAAGAAGAAGAAGAAGGUGGCGGACUCGUGGGAUGCGGAUGCCGAUGAGGAGGAUUUCCAGGAGGAGCUGUUGGCGGAGAAGAAGAAGAAGGGCGGGGCGAGGGCGAAUUCGGAGAGGGACGAGGCGCCGACUUGGGAGGAAGGUGCGGGACUCAUGAAUGUGUUGAAGGCGUUUAAGGCGCUUAGGGAGGAGUUUGAUACCAAGUUUAGGGCUAUGUGGGCUUAGUGGAGAGUAAUCUGUGCUUGGAGUGCGUGGUUGGAAGGGGAGAAGGUUGGAUAGAUGAGUAGAAGUGGGUUGGAUGAUGGGUCUUUUGGCGCAGCCAACGCCUACGUGGUAUAGAUGAAAACGGAUAGACAGGGGCAAUUAUGAGUUACAAAAACACAAAAAGCCGAAGAUAGAUGAACUAGACAGCUAUUGGUAUAACUGUGGAAAUAGAUCCUUCUUCGACC